UUCAGCACCGGCAUUUCAUGACAGUUGUUUGAAUAACAAGUGGUUUAUUUUUAAAACCACACCUUUUAAAAUUUAGAUUCAAACAAUAAAAGUAAAAAUCGUAAUAAUAAUUUAAAGGAAAGCCAGCAGAAAUUGAAGCAAACAUGUCUGGAGAAGUGCGUUUGAGGCAGUUGGAGCAGUUUAUUUUGGAUGGGCCCGCUCAGACCAAUGGGCAGUGCUUCAGUGUGGAGACGUUACUGGAUAUACUUAUCUGCCUUUAUGAUGAAUGCAAUAAUUCUCCAUUGAGAAGAGAGAAGAACAUUCUUGAAUACCUAGAAUGGGCUAAACCAUUUACUUCUAAAGUGAAACAAAUGCGAUUACAUAGAGAAGACUUUGAAAUAUUAAAGGUGAUUGGUCGGGGAGCUUUUGGGGAGGUUGCUGUAGUAAAACUAAAAAAUGCAGAUAAGGUAUUUGCCAUGAAAAUAUUGAAUAAGUGGGAAAUGCUGAAAAGAGCUGAGACAGCAUGUUUUCGUGAAGAAAGGGAUGUAUUAGUGAAUGGAGACAAUAAAUGGAUUACAACUUUGCACUAUGCUUUCCAGGAUGACAAUAACUUAUACCUAGUUAUGGAUUAUUAUGUUGGUGGGGAUUUGCUUACUCUCCUCAGCAAAUUUGAAGAUAGAUUGCCUGAAGAUAUGGCUCGAUUUUACUUGGCUGAGAUGGUGAUAGCAAUUGACUCAGUUCAUCAACUACAUUAUGUACACAGAGACAUUAAACCUGACAAUAUAUUGAUGGAUAUGAAUGGACAUAUUCGGUUAGCAGAUUUUGGUUCUUGUCUGAAGCUGAUGGAAGAUGGAACGGUUCAGUCCUCAGUGGCUGUUGGAACCCCCGAUUAUAUCUCACCUGAAAUCCUUCAAGCCAUGGAAGACGGAAAAGGCAGAUACGGACCUGAGUGUGACUGGUGGUCUUUGGGGGUCUGUAUGUAUGAAAUGCUUUAUGGAGAAACACCAUUUUAUGCAGAAUCUCUGGUGGAGACAUAUGGAAAAAUCAUGAAUCACAAAGAGAGGUUUCAGUUUCCAGCCCAAGUGACUGAUGUGUCUGAAAAUGCAAAGGAUCUUAUUCGAAGGCUCAUAUGUAGCAGAGAACAUCGACUUGGUCAAAAUGGAAUAGAAGAUUUUAAAAAGCACCCGUUUUUCAAUGGAAUUGACUGGGAUAACAUUCGGAACUGCGAAGCACCUUAUAUUCCAGAAGUUAGUAGCCCAACAGAUACAUCGAAUUUUGAUGUGGAUGAUGAUUGUUUAAAAAAUUCUGAAACGAUGCCCCCACCAACACAUACUGCAUUUUCUGGCCACCAUCUGCCAUUUGUUGGUUUUACAUAUACUAGUAGCUGUGUUCUCUCUGAUAGGAGUUGUUUAAGAGUUACAGCGGGUCCCACCUCACUGGAUCUUGACGCUAAUGUUCAGAGGACUCUAGACAACAACUUAGCGACUGAAGCUUAUGAAAGAAGAAUUAAGCGUCUUGAACAAGAAAAACUUGAACUUAGCAGAAAGCUUCAAGAAUCAACACAGACUGUCCAAGCUCUUCAGUAUUCAACCGUUGAUGGUCCACUAACAGCAAGCAAAGAUUUAGAAAUAAAAAACUUGAAAGAAGAAAUUGAAAAACUAAGGAAACAAGUAACAGAAUCAAGUCAUUUGGAACAACAGCUUGAAGAAGCUAAUUCUGUGAGGCGAGAACUAGAUGAUGCUUUUAGACAAAUCAAGGCUUGUGAAAAACAAAUCAAAACGUUACAACAAGAAAGGGACGAUCUAAAUAAGGAACUAGUCCAGGCUAGUGAGCGAUUAAAAAACCAAUCCAAAGAACUGAAAGACGCACACUGUCAGAGGAAACUGGCCAUGCAGGAAUUCAUGGAGAUCAAUGAGCGACUAACAGAAUUGCACACCCAAAAACAGAAACUUGCUCGCCAUGUCCGAGAUAAGGAAGAAGAGGUGGACCUGGUGAUGCAAAAAGUUGAAAGCUUAAGGCAAGAACUGCGCAGAACAGAAAGAGCCAAAAAAGAGCUGGAAGUUCAUACAGAAGCUCUAGCUGCUGAAGCAUCUAAAGACAGGAAACUGCGUGAACAGAGUGAGCACUAUUCUAAGCAACUGGAAAAUGAAUUGGAGGGACUGAAGCAAAAACAAAUUAGUUACUCACCAGGAGUAUGCAGCAUAGAACAUCAGCAAGAGAUAACCAAACUAAAGACUGAUUUGGAAAAGAAAAGUAUCUUUUAUGAAGAAGAAUUAUCUAAAAGAGAAGGAAUACAUGCAAAUGAAAUUAAAAAUCUGAAGAAAGAACUGCAUGAUUCAGAAGGCCAACAACUCGCUCUCAACAAAGAAAUUAUGGUUUUAAAAGACAAACUGGAAAAAACCAGGAGAGAAGGUCAAAGUGAAAGGGAAGAAUUUGAAAAUGAGUUCAAACAGCAGUAUGAACGAGAAAAAGUUUUAUUAACUGAAGAAAAUAAAAAACUGACAAGUGAACUUGAUAAGCUUACCACUUUGUAUGAGAAUUUAAGUAUACGAAACCAGCAGUUAGAAGAAGAGGUAAAAGAUCUAGCAGACAAGAAAGAAUCCGUUGCACACUGGGAAGCCCAAAUCACAGAAAUAAUUCAGUGGGUCAGUGAUGAAAAGGAUGCACGAGGGUAUCUUCAGGCCUUAGCUUCUAAAAUGACUGAAGAAUUGGAAGCAUUAAGAAAUUCCAGCUUGGGUACACGAGCAACAGAUAUGCCCUGGAAAAUGCGUCGUUUUGCAAAACUGGAUAUGUCAGCUAGACUGGAGUUGCAGUCAGCUCUAGAUGCAGAAAUAAGAGCCAAACAGGCCAUCCAAGAAGAGCUUAAUAAGGUUAAAGCAUCUAACAUCAUAACAGAAUGUAAACUAAAAGAUUCAGAGAAGAAGAACUUGGAACUACUAUCAGAAAUCGAACAACUGAUAAAGGACACUGAAGAGCUUAGAUCUGAAAAGGGUAUAGAGCACCAAGACUCACAGCAUUCUUUCUUGGCAUUUUUGAAUACGCCUACCGAUGCUCUGGAUCAAUUUGAAAUUGUAGACUCUACUCCACUUCCAGUUCACACACCAACCUUAAGGAAAAAGGGAUGUCCUGGUUCAACUGGCUUUCCACCUAAGCGCAAGACUCACCAGUUUUUCGUAAAAUCUUUUACUACUCCUACGAAAUGUCAUCAGUGUACCUCAUUGAUGGUGGGUUUGAUAAGACAGGGCUGUUCAUGUGAAGUGUGUGGAUUCUCAUGUCAUAUAACUUGUGUAAACAAAGCACCAACUGCUUGUCCAGUUCCUCCUGAACAGACAAAAGGUCCCCUGGGUAUAGAUCCACAGAAAGGAAUAGGAACAGCAUAUGAAGGUCAUGUCAGAAUUCCUAAGCCAGCUGGAGUGAAGAAAGGAUGGCAAAGAGCACUGGCUGUGGUUUGUGACUUCAAACUCUUUCUGUACGAUAUUGCUGAAGGCAAAGCAUCUCAGCCCAGUGUUGUCAUUAGUCAAGUGAUUGACAUGAGGGAUGAAGAAUUUUCUGUGAGUUCAGUCUUGGCUUCUGAUGUUAUUCAUGCAAGUCGAAAAGAUAUACCCUGUAUAUUUAGAGUCACAGCUUCCCAGCUCUCAGCACCGAAUAACAAAUGUUCAAUCCUGAUGCUAGCAGAUAGUGAAAAUGAGAAGAGUAAGUGGGUAGGAGUGCUGAGUGAAUUGCACAAGAUUUUGAAGAAAAACAAAUUCAGAGACCGCUCAGUCUAUGUUCCCAAAGAAGCUUAUGACAGCACUCUACCCCUCAUUAAAACAACCCAGGCAGCUGCAAUCAUAGAUCAUGAAAGGAUAGCUUUGGGAAAUGAAGAAGGGUUAUUUGUUAUUCAUGUCACCAAAGAUGAAAUUAUUAGAGUCGGUGACAAUAAGAAGAUUCAUCAGAUUGAACUAAUUCCAAAUGAUCAGCUCGUUGCUGUGAUCUCAGGACGAAAUCGUCACGUACGACUUUUUCCUAUGUCAGCUUUCGAUGGGCGAGAGACUGAUUUUUAUAAGCUGGCAGAAACUAAAGGGUGUCAAACCAUAACUUCUGGAAAGGUGCGCCAUGGAGCUCUCACAUGCCUGUGCGUGGCUAUGAAAAGGCAGGUCCUCUGUUAUGAACUAUUUCAGAGCAAGACCCGUCACAGAAAAUUUAAGGAAAUUCAAGUCCCAUAUAAUGUCCAGUGGAUGGCAGUCUUCAGCGAACGUCUCUGUGUGGGAUUCCAGUCAGGAUUUCUAAGAUACCCCUUGAAUGGAGAAGGAAGUCCAUACAGUAUGCUCCAUUCCAAUGACCAUACGCUAUCAUUUAUUGCUCAUCAACCAAUGGAUGCUAUCUGUGCAGUCGAGAUCUCCAGUAAAGAAUACCUGCUGUGUUUUAACAGCAUUGGGAUAUACACUGACUGCCAGGGCCGAAGAUCUAGACAACAGGAAUUGAUGUGGCCAGCAAAUCCUUCCUCUUGUUGUUACAAUGCACCGUAUCUCUCAGUGUAUAGUGAAAAUGCAGUUGAUAUCUUUGAUGUGAACUCUAUGGAAUGGAUUCAGACUCUUCCUCUCAAAAAGGUUCGACCCUUAAACAAUGAAGGAUCAUUAAAUCUUUUAGGGUUGGAGACAAUUAGAUUAAUAUAUUUCAAAAAUAAGAUGGCAGAAGGGGAUGAACUGGUAGUUCCUGAAACAUCAGAUAAUAGUCGGAAACAAAUGGUUAGAAAUAUUAACAAUAAGCGACGCUAUUCCUUCAGAGUCCCAGAAGAGGAAAGGAUGCAACAGAGGAGGGAGAUGCUACGAGAUCCAGAAAUGAGAAAUAAAUUAAUUUCUAAUCCAACUAAUUUUAACCACAUAGCACACAUGGGUCCUGGAGAUGGAAUACAGAUCCUAAAAGACCUGCCCAUGAAUCCUCGGCCUCAGGAAAGCCGGACCGUGUUCAGCGGCUCAGUCAGUAUUCCGUCUAUCACCAAAUCCCGCCCCGAGCCAGGCCGCUCCAUGAGCGCUAGCAGUGGCCUGUCUGCGAGGUCAUCUGCACAGAAUGGCAGUGCAUUAAAGAGGGAAUUCUCUGGAGGAAGCUACAACGCAAACCGGCAGCCCAUGCCCUCCCCAUCAGAGGGCUCUUUGUCUUCCGGAGGCAUGGACCAAGGAAGCGAUGCCCCAGCGAGGGACUACGACGGAGAGGACUCUGAUUCUCCGAGGCAUUCCACAGCUUCCAACAGUUCCAACCUGAGCAGCCCCCCAAGUCCAGUUUCACCCCGAAAGACCAAGAGCCUCUCUCUGGAGAGCACUGACCGCGGGAGCUGGGACCCGUGAGCUGCUUUCGUGCUGGGACCUGGGUGCCAGGUGGCUCUGGUUCUCAGCUCCCCCCACUCGCCUCUUCUCUCACUUUCAUCCCUUCGCCCCACUCAGCCUGAAAACGACCCGGGGCUCGUAGCAGUAGCAGGGUAGGGAUUCGGGAGUUCUGACGACACGACUCGCAGAUCCAUGCCCCCUCAGCCUCAGCAACAGCAAAGGCAGAUUUUGAUUAAGGAGCUUAGAUUAAUAUUGAUUUCAUUCCAUACUCCUAGAGUUGCUUUCAAUACUGUUUUACUCCUUCCCCAAAAGGUAGCUUAAAUAGACAGAUUACACAAAUGUAAGCGAUAAGACUAAGACUAGACAGAUUUUGUUUUCACAGCAGAGUUUCAUUAUAGUCCUGAAAUAGCUCGUGGGAUUCUCCACGUCCGAAGGGGAGAGUCCAACCCUGAAGCUGCACACUGAGCUCUCUUUGAGCAACCGCGGCGAGCGUCCACUGACUGUUGCCAGGAAAUCCUUUCGAAUUAAAGCAGUGCAUAUUUUACUACAAUACAGAGUUUAAAUGAAUACAUAAAUGUAGAAGUUAAAUACUGAAUGUAUAUAGUCAAAAGAAGCAUCUUGUAUUCAGUGAAAGAUGGAUGCAUAUAUAAGAGAAAGAGAUCAUUUAAUUUAAAGAAAUUGUGUUGUUUCUUAUCUGUUUCCCAGCUAAGUGAGUAACAUAAAGGGUAGACAGGCCUCAAGCUGACAUUGCUAGAGGGAGAGCCGGAGGAAUCGGAGUUCCCUUUAGUGCCCUGUCCUCAGAAAGGCUGCAGUCACUGGAGAGCUGUAGUUUGCACUGUGACCUGGAACCAGAGUUUUAACAUCUGAAGCCACUUCAGCAGCAGCAUGAAAAGGCAAACCCACCUCUACCCAAGCUGUUUCUUUUUCUAGUGGUAGAAUGGGAAGCACACUUCUCAUUUUUUAUUAUGUUUUGAUAUCUUCUGCUGAUGAAUGUAAAAAUACAAUUCUGUCCCCUCUGAUCCCUUCCAGUUGAAAGGGCACAGGGAGUGUCGUGGCUUCUGAAGGUCCAUGAAAGUUUCGUCCAAGCGCUUUUUCUCCUGGGCUAAUCCUGUUCCUCCCCAAGUCGCAGUAAGAGGUGCGUCCCAGGGCUGGAGUCAGCUUCCCAGGGAGGAGUCUGUUUGUUGAGGGUGGAUGUGAGCACCCAGAUAAGCCUGAGGGGAAGGUUUUUGUUACCAAAUAAUAUAAAACCUCAAAAGCAAGGACUCGAACAGCCUUAACCAAAUGUUCUUUCCCACGCCCACUGGAAACCGGCUGUGAUGGAGCGGCUUGCAGGGCAGGACGUGAGCCCGCAUGGCCGUGCGGACUGGCGUCCUCGCUCCACUGUCGCUAGUUCCGUGUCCAUUCGGAUUCCUGCUGCUUUAGUUGCCGUAAGGAAAUGAGAUGCAGAACCAGAAGAAUUUAUUUCAACAGAGUCAUUUUACCAGUUAAGCACAUGAGAAGGA